AUGUGGAGCCUGGGUCGCCGCGCCGCCUUCGGCCUGCUGCCCCGCUCGGCGCCACCCGGCUCUGCCCAGGCCCGCGCCCGAGCCCCGCGGCCGGCGGACGGGACGCGGCUCUGCGACCGCCGAGGCCUGCGCUCCGGGAGCCGCGCGAAUUUGAAUCUCCAUUGCCUUGACCAGAUUCUGAAUGUCAAAAAGCAGAGCAUGUGUUUGGUGAAUCUCAGGUCGGCAGGAACUUCUGGUGGCCCAAGCUCUCUGGAUGAGACCACGUACGAAAGACUGGCAGAGAAGACUCUUGACUCCCUAGCAGAGUUUUUUGAAGAUCUUUCAGAUAAACCUUACACCUCCAAAGACUAUGAUGUUUCUUUUGGGAGUGGUGUAUUAACCGUUAAACUAGGAGGCGAUCUGGGAACCUACGUGAUCAACAAGCAGACCCCAAACAAACAAAUUUGGUUGUCUUCGCCAACCAGUGGGCCCAAGCGUUAUGACUGGACUGGGAAAAACUGGGUGUAUGCCCACGAUGGAGUGUCUCUCCAUGAGUUGCUGGCCUCAGAGCUGACUGAAGUCUUAAAAACCAAAUUAGACUUGUCCUCCUUGACCUAUUCUGGAAAAGACCAGUGAUGCCAGUUCAGCCCUCAAGACAAAUGUCACCCGAGUAGCCCAGAGAGCCAUUGCCUCCCUCCCAGCUCUGCGUUCAGCAUUGUUGUUCCCAUAGAGGUGUUUGGAGUUUAUUACGUGCCUUUGUCCCUCCACAUAGCCCUUCUCUAAUGUCCAUACAUCAGAACUGCAAAGGAAGAAAAAUGAAGUGACUUGGUUUUACCAUUCAUUCUCUGAAGGACUUGCCUCAGAGUGAAAAGCAACGGACCGACCUCACCCUCUGUCUCAGGAUGAACUUUUUGGAGGGGAAACCACUGA